CCACUGAUGUUUGCUGCUGCUCUGCAUCAUAGCUCAGCUGAACUGUAACCAUGUCUACCCAGUUUAAUCUGGCAGCAAUGAUGCUUGUGAUGACUCUCCAUGGCCAAGUUUAUGCAGGGAGAAUCUUUGGCGGCCAUGAGGUUGUACCCCAUAGCAGGCCUUACAUGGUGCUUGUGGAGAGGUAUAUGGAAAAUGGUGCCAAAUUAUACUGUGGUGGAUUUCUUCUCAAUGAGGAUUUUGUGAUGACAGCAGCCCACUGCCUUAGCAGCUCCUACAUAGUCCGGUUAGGAGUCCAUGAUGCAGCCGAAGAAAAUGAAAAUGUGCAGCAAAUAGAAGUGAAGCAGUCAUUUCCACAUGCAGGCUUCAAUAAAAAAGGAUACAUAAAUGAUGUUAUGCUUCUUAAGUUGGGCUCCAAGGCGAGGUUCAACAACAAUGUGAAACCCAUUCAACUUGCAGCUCAAGAUGACAAACCUCUGCCAAGCCCUUGUAUAGUGUGUGGCUGGGGACAAGCAGACAACACAACUGAAAAGAUGUCUUCCAAACUCAUGGAGGUUAACAUAACACUGAUCAGCAACAUAAACUGUGAAAAGGAAAACUCAUACUGUUCUGUGGGAGUGAAUGGACCACGUUCGGGAGAUUCUGGGGGUCCAUUGGUCUGUGAAGAUAUGGCAUAUGGGGUGGUGUCUGCCAUGCUCAAUUCAUCGGGACACCUACUCUAUAGGUACAGCAAGAUCCCGGACUACACAGACUGGACUGUUUCAAUCAUUAAAAAUAAUAAUGAUUAAGAUUUAAUGUACGGAUGUCUCUGCUGAUUUUAUUCUUUAUGUGAAUUAGACAUUUUUAGAGUUGAUACCUGAGAAGUUAUUCCACACUGAGAAUACAGCCAGAACUAAGCCUGCCCUGCUCUGCUUCAAACAGAUUUGAUCAAGCUUUUCUGAAAUUAAAUUUCAUAUUACUACGUGCUAAUUUAAAAUGAAACUCAACAGCAUGUCUUUUGAGGUUCAAACAAAAAAUAAAAAGCUUCAAAUAUGAAAUUAAUGCAUAGAUCCAUUGCUUUAUAAAGAAGUUACCUUUUUAUAUUACAUAGCAUAUUUUAUAAUCCCAUCAGUUUUUUUUUUUCAUAUAUGAUGUUUUUUUCUUAAAUAAAGUUUUGCAUUCAUGAGAAA